AUGUCAGCCAAGAAGAAAAGAAAAAACAGUUUACCUGCCAGCCAUGUUGUUGAAGAGACCCUGGGUUUGCACAGUGUGGCCGACGAAUCUCAGCGAAAGAUCCACAUCGCAACUUGCAGAGCAUUGAACCAAGAAGACAAGCAGGCUGACACGCAUGCGUGGAAAGCAAUUUCCGAAACAGUGCUCCCUGAGAUUUCUACCCUGUGGGGUUGCCUGCUGUUGUUGAUGGCACAUCAGUAUUGCUGCGUUUUUUGCAAAAACUACAUCAAAAGAGAUACGCAGAUUCCUGACUACAACGCGUACUUCAAAGACAUCUCGACCCCCGACUUUCGCUUGUUUGAUUUGCAGUCAGAGACGGAGAUCUUUGAGGUCAUAGAUCAACUUGUGAAUAUUGCAGGUGGUCUUUCGAAGAGCGCUCUGCAGAAGAAGGAGACGGCCAUGGGCUUCAACUACAACCCAGACGGGUUGUUGAGCGACCGGCUAGCUCGAGAAGCAUUGCCACCGAGCGCAUUUCUUCUGGACACCAUGCAUUUGUAUUUCAGCAACAGCAUCUGA